ACCAAAAGAUGUGGAAGUUUAUGACAAACUCGGACCCGCCCACCCUGAUGAACACAGCGGAAGAAGGCUUCAGAAAGGUACGUGAGGGGAACUAUGCCUUCAUCUGGGACACGCCCAUCCUGGAGUACGUGGCCCUGAAUGACCCCGAGUGCUCCCUCACCACCGCAGAGAACAGCUUUUACGAGCGAGGGUACGGCAUCGCGCUUCAGAGGGAUUCUCCGUACAGGGAGGCGUUCUCUUACGGGUAG